GCGGUACGCGGCCACUUCGCAUGGCGCUCGGCCAUCACAUCGAACCCGUGAUAUCGCUACUCUUGGCCGCAGAUAAUGACCCUUCGCUCAGUACCCUCGGCGAUCUGGCACAGCAAGCUCCGGACGUCUUAGGAGCUGCUUCAGAUCUGGCAGACUCUGCCCAGGCUUCGGUUGGCGAAUCCCUUGGUGCAAUAGGAAAUGUUUGGGACUCGAUCGUCGACACGGUCACGUCGGCCAAAGGCCAGGUUGACGACUUAAGUGCGAAUGCUCUUUCCCCCUUUCAACGGCUCGGUGAGGAUAUUUCGAAUAAGUUAAACGGACAGCUGGACAGCUUAAGGCUUGGAGCGCAGGGCGCUGUGGGAGAAGCACAGACGCAGUUCGGUCAAUCUGUGGCGGAAAACAUCGCAAAUCCUGUCCAGGAGGGUCUGGGUCAAGUUUUCAGCAAGUUUGGAACCAGCCCCGAGGAGCUACUCAAAGAGGAACAGACAUUAACAAACGGCGUGCAUCAGGCGAUCAAGGCGGUCGAGCGGGUAGCACCUCCGAGCACUCUGUUCUACGCAGAGAAUGCCGCGGUUCUGCCCUUAUGGGUAGGUAUGGUUGUUUGGCCUGAAGAGCCUCUGACCAAGAAAAUCAUGAACAGCUACGGGCCCCUCAUCUUGGCGGCUCUGAUCUACAUGUGGCUGACCUACGAGUGCUUCCAAAACCCUGUCUCACUGCAAGGGUUUGCGAGUGGCAUCACUAAUCUUGGAGGGUUAACAAAAGGUUUUGGAGAAGAGGUAUCGGUGGCGACAGCCUGGUCCCACUUCUUGGCAGAGGACCUUUUCAUCGGACGUUGGGUGUACUUGGAUGGCCAGAGAAACAAAAUCUUCACGAAGCACUCGCUGGUCUUGUGUUACUUGUUCGGCCCAGCUGGUUUCUUGAGUCACUUGUUUACCCGCGGGGUGACGAGCGUGGUCAAGCCUGGUGUCCGAGAUAUCAUGCAACUACAGCCUACCAAACCAUCGCCGAAAACGCCUCCUUCCGGGUCGCCUUCCUCGACACUUGGUGGAGAGGCUAAAGAGCUCAUCACCAAAGCCAAACGGGAAGCAGAAGAAAUACUCCAGCAAGCGCGAUCAACCGGAGCUGCGCAAGCUGCAUCUUUGCUGGAGGAGGCGGAGACGGAGGCCCUUUUGAUAUUGAAAGGAGCAGAGGUAGAGAAAGAAGCACUCCUGUUGAGAGCGAAGAAGACUGAGCCAAAUACGGAGGCGGAGACUGGACCAACAGGGUCAGAGGCAAAGGCCCGAUCAGAGGCAAAGGCUGGGUCGGAGGCAAGGACCGAGUCAGCAAAAAUCGAGCCAAAAACCCUUUGACGGGAACGACUUGUAUUUGAUAUCAAGAAUUAUGGAUUAUGCUGAGCACUAAGCCAGCGUAGUGCUGGGGUCGGGUCAGAUUCGAGAGUGAUGAAAGCAUCCGCUCGUGACUUUAGGUGCGUUGCAAGGAGCCUGCCAGCACGUGUACAUUUUUGCAAGAUUAGAUUUAGACUGAAUUGUUUUCCGAGGGGAACCUACCAACUGUUACCAUAGUUUCUCUUCAGCGCACGGCGCUACUACGUCGAGAGUUUGGUCACGCUUACAUAUGUUGUUACACUUUUGCCAAAUUAUUUCCACGAGACUAGCCAGGGUUAGGGUUCCGGCAGAGUCGUAGCACACUUGGCCAUCAUGCGCAGCUGUGCUGUCGUUGUUAGCACGCUGGCUCACAUUUGCCGGCGUUUGUACAUCAAUUGCUGUCUCCGCGAUUACUACUGCAGUGACUACACUGCUUUCAUCACGGCAUGACGAGUUUGAGCUGUCUGUAAGUGCGCCUCCAUCCCAAAGGCUGUAUGGAUGCUACUGGAAGUGUGUAAGCUAUGUAUUGGUACUGAUUCUGUUGUUCAGACAACGAAAAUAGAGCAAGGAACAGGAUCCCCAAGUUCCCAGGGCCUCGAAGCAAGGGGUUCAUCUCUUGAGAAAUGGCCUCUGAUGUGGAGCUGAAGCCAAUUGCAUGUGUGGCCAUGUGUCAUUCUACUACUGUGAGUACCAGGUUGUCCUGAUCCGCUUGAUAGUCUAAGAUAAGCUAUUAUUACAAUGCAUGUGCGAGUAUUGGCCCACCUCCCAAAUCAGCGCUCACAGCACUGCCAACCCGUGGUCACACACAAGAGCCCUCUCUACCCUCCCCUCCUGCGGUGUGUUGCCUUCGAUUUUUAAUGGGAGAAGAUUUCAGCACUCUCUUCCCUCUGUGUACACACGAACUAGCGCUAUCCACUAGGCCAGAAGCGGAAGCGAGAGAAAAACUCACUUUGCAAGAAAGCUCGAUUACGCCGGGAUUCGACCUAACCUGACCUCUAGCAGGUUUCGAGGAUACCAACUAGACCACCGGGGCGACCGGGUUUGCCUCUGUUAGAUAGACUAAUGCGGAUGUUGAAGGUGCUUCCUGAGGAACCAACCCAACAGGUCAACAAGGAAAGUGAAAGAAUCUCACCAACUGAAUCUCACCCACAACAAACGAGAAGUUGACGUUCCGUACAUACUGGUCGUUUGUCUAAUGGUUGGCUGUGCACUUGCCGAGACUGUUCCAAUGAACCAAUCGGGCAACAUGCGGUGGGAUUAGGGCGGGCGGGAGAAGGAUAGCAGGACAAGCAGGAUGCAGGUGUGAGAUAGACAGCAGAGAGGAGCUUGAGUAAGAGAGAGAGAGAGAGAGAAAGCGUGACAGAGGCAGAGAGACAAGGGCAUCAAAGAUAACGGAUACCUUGAACUGCCCCGCUGUUGGUCGAAUUGCGAGACAAUGAGCUUUCCGUAUCACUGUGACGUCGAGGUUACCUUCCCAUCAGCAUCGCUGGCGACAAUAGCUUGCAGAACUCUGGCUGUGGACGCAGAGUUGCAGCCAAGUAAAAUCAUCCGAACUCUUCGCGUGGAAGGAUCAUCCCUCUUGGCGAAGUUCGAGGCGACAGAAGCACGUACACUUCGCGUUGUCCUGUCCGGAUUUUACGACAUGGCUUCCGUGGUGGCAAGAACGUUCUUGGAGUUCGAUGAUGGCAGUCUCCGUCAAGCAGGUCGAUGACUGCAAUCCGACACUUUGUUAGCUGUGGCUGUAGCUGUGUGCCUCCGAUCAGAGAGAGAGGGGGAUAGGGGAGAGAGAGAGAGAGAGAGAGCUGCCAGCCAUUCGCCUACAAGUACUUACCUGCCAUCUCGCACGAACCGAUUGGUGUAUACAUGGGUUCAACGCACGCCUCGUCGGAUUGCUGUGAUGGCGUUGUGCAUCUAGGGCAAAUGGAAGUUAACUGUUCAGGGUGUUUAGGAUAGCAUGUAUCGCCAGUAGGUAAGUGUAGUCUUUCGUUGUUCUGUUCUAGAAAUGUUUUUUCUCGUCAUCUGCCGUCCCGCUCGCUACCCCACAAAUCCAGUGUUGAUUGAGGGGGAGGGGCGGAAUGUGCAAGAUUGAGGGGACGAACCGAGGGGGAGGUCACUGGCGUCAUACGUGCGCACUGGAAGGUACUCUGGAGACGGGACAUAGACAAUGGGAAUGGGAUAGAAACAUAUGAAGAGGAAGAAAACGUAAUUCCGGACAUCGGGAGUGACAAGUUGCAAUUCCGUGGUUGAAAGCAAUAUAGUCCGGGGGUACAUACAGAAGAGGGGAAGAGACUGCUCA